GUUACGGCACAUUGUCUACAAAAUAUACAGAAGCAGCAAGCUGGAUGAAGCUGGAUAAUAUACUUAAAUAUUAAGCAAGCUGGAUAAUAUAUUUAAUUAUUGUCGAUAUAAUUGUUUGGAUGCCACAGCGGCUGUAGGAACGGAGCGUCGUAUCAGUAUGGCAUCACUACAUCUGAUGUUGCUGAUUUUGGCGCUUGUAACAGUGCCAGUUUUCCCUACAGCAGUUGUCGACGUGUCCUCGCCAACCUUCACGGUGCCAUACGAUGGCCGGCAGAUCGGAAUCUUCCGGGCGGCAUCCAACACAGCAGAUCCCACCUUCUUCUUCGCACCCAUGGCGACGCUGCUGUCCGAUUCGACGGAAGUGAUAUAUGACAACAUCAUCGACUCGUACUACUUGGAAUUGACGAUAAAAAUGUGGGAUGACGAUUUUGUGCAGCAGGUCAAGAACUAUAUAAAGAAGGAGACCGGAACCGAAACGGUGCGGGUUUUUCCAUUGCCCUUUCUGUGGAUGCACGUGGAGUAUUCUGUCGGCAGUUACCAUGCUCGCACAUCCUGGCAGCCAAUAACCAAUCUACCACAAACUCUGGUCUUCCGCAUCCGCUGCUCAACCGGUGCUGAUUGCACCGAAGCGCAACGUAGCUUACGAAAUGGCACCGGUACAACCUUCACCGUGCACCUGCAUUUUGCAUUCAACCUGCCAAGUGUAAAUCCGCGACAACUCAGGGUCGAUGUUAAUAAAAUGCACCUGCAAGACGCGCCGAUUUUCCGGGCAGUUAUUAAGGAGUUUGCGGGAUACGUCUUCCUCCGCAAGGAAGAUUAUUCAGCUUUGCUACAUCAGAUGUUAACCAAUUGUCUUAACAUUGCUCUGGAAUUAGAUGAAUACGUCGACUACGAGCAGUAUCUGGAGCACCUGGCGCAGCUGAUGCCGGUCAUUCGCAAGAAUAUUACGUCAUCCACACAGUUCACUGCAGCCAUGUGGCAGGCGACGUACUGGCCGGGGACACAUCAACAACCGGACGUCGCAAUGUACUGCCUGGAUUUGAACCGACUACUUGAACAAGCCCAUUUCUUGACGCUGUCCGUCCGUGCUAGCAAACUCCACGUCGACUACAGCAUGGCGGCCGGUGUUAGCUCUGCACCGCUGACCAGUUCUCUGCAGCAUCAAGUAAAUCGUUUGGAAGCCGCAAUGCAGAAUCAACUAACACCUAUUGGUUCCAUCCAGGCGGUGGCCGUGGAUAUGCAAUCGCUGUGUUGGUUACGAUGCAAUGGGCAGGCGUUUGACGUUACCGUAUACCAGCAGCUGGCCAGCCUGUUGCCCACGGGAAGAACCCCCAAUUUGGAGGGUCGAUUUUUGGUGAAUGCCGAUUGGACGAUGCCUGUUGGCAGCACCGGUGGAGAAAAGGAACACUAUCUAACAAUUCAUGAAAUGCCCUCUCAUAACCACCGACAAGCCUGGAGCUCGGCAGGAUGGAGUAUGGACACGUCGAAGUUCUAUGACUGGACCAAUCAUUACUAUAGCAGAAAUCGUCAUGGUUACUACUUUUCAAAGCCGGAGGAUAAUGUAGUAACAGAUGCAAGGGGCGGAAACCAGGCUCAUAACAAUAUGCCUCCUUACCACGCAGUAAUUUUUCUGGUGCGCGCCUGCUGAACGUUAGCUUGUUGCGAUCCGCAGUCUUCUUCAGCUUGUUUUUUCUGAUUUAAUAAAAAACAAAUUUUAGCGGACAAUCUUUCUGUAACAGCAUGUUUGAUCAUCUGAUAACCAGCUUCCGCGAUGUUGAAUAUAGUACCCAGAUUUCGACAUUCGAUUUGUGGCCAAAGGGAAAUUCGUGAGUUCGGUCUGUGUUUGUGGUAUAAAAUAUUCCCGAGGGGUGUAAAGAAUAAAAUGCAUAAUUAGG